AUACCUAACAGCUGGCAUCGGAAAAUUAUAAAAUUCGUAUUUUGCUCGAGACGAAACCCAAUUCUAUUUAAAUUCAGAGGUUUAUCCUCAGAUUGUUUCAACGAUGGCUACUCCUAGAGACAUAAGCCCUCUUCUUCAGAAAAUAAGGGCUUUUCUCCUUGGGAGACAACACACAAACGCAUUGAGAUUUGCUGACUACAUCGCAGCGAGGACUCAGCCACCUCCAAAUUUGCCAGAGGGACCUUCUCAUAAGUUGUCAGCAAAUUAUUACUACACCAGAGAUGGUCGUAGAGAGAUCAAACCCCCGCAGAUUGUUGCUUCCGAACAAAAGGCCAUUGGGGCUGGAAGUUCUGCUGCUGUCUUAAAAGGACCUAUUACCCCGGGCAAACAAUGGAACUGGGAUUAAAACUGCAGAAUAAUUUAUGCUGUUGUUAGUUGUAUUUGUAAUGUAAAUAAUUUGAACCAAUAUAAUUGUCAAAUCAAUUUAACGCUUCUUAAAUAUUUCAGAUAAAAAAGGCAUAAUUGAACUUGUAAGGAUUUUCCUCCAACUAAAUAAAGUAGAAAAAGUUAAAAUUU